CUCACAUAGCCGUUCGCCCAAUGUGGUUGCCCCGUCAACCGUGCCAUCAGCGCACAUCUUGUUUAGUAGUGAACGGUGCGGCGCCUCACAGUCGGUGGCGCUGCGUUGUUAGCCCCAUUGUUGAAAUGCGCAAGUAUCAUAAAGCAACAUAAUGAGGGAACACGAAACAGGACAACGAGCCCUCUUUGUAUUUCAGAACUUUGGCAAACUGAGAUACUUAAUUCGAUUUGGCAUGGCUGCUAUACUGGACUGCAUAUAACAAUAUGUGACUGUCGGCUCCGUGCUGAGGGCAGGAGGGCCUUGACUUGCGCGGCGGGAAUGCGGCUGCCUCUGUUGCUUCUGCUGGUGGUGGUCGUGGUAACGGCCACGCCGUCGAGGCGGCAGCUCAACGAGGUUGACCCUAGGCAUGAACUGCUUGUGGAGCUGUACAACGCGACCGGGGGGCCACGGUGGAGCCAUGAAUUUGUCUCGCCGGCUCCAUGGGGCGUGGCCCCCGACCCGUGCGACUGGGCAGGAGUCAUCUGCUGCACCUCCAGCGGCUUGAGCGGCCAGGCGAACCUGACAUACACUUACACACGCCGGCGCCGCACCGACACCCCUGCUGAGGUGGUUGUGACACGGCCAUGUGGCGCCGCUGGCGCGGUGGUGGGCUUGGCGCUGCCGGCCGCCAACCUGUCCGGCAGCCUGCCGGCCUCGCUGGCGGCGCUACAGCUGGAGGUCCUGCUACUGCCGGACAACCCGGGUCUGCGGGGGCCGCUGCCGUCGGCGCUGUGGGCUGUCGAGCGGCUGCUGGAGGUCGACAUACGCAACACGUCCAUGCUGUGUAAAGACGCGGUCGCCACCGGGGGUAGCAGUACCGACACCAGUGGCGGCGGCGCUGCAGCGGCGCUGCUGUCGGCUUGCACGGUGCCGGUGCCGCUGCUGGCGUCACGGGCGACCUUGGUAUUUACGUCAACAGGGGCAGAGGGGUCGCUUCCGCUGGUGCCGCCUGGCACCUCCUACGCGUGCCCCUUGCUGCACUACCGGAACUCCUCCGGAGCUGCCGCCAGCGUGAACAGCAGCAUCAGCAUCAGUGCCAAUACGACCACUGCCUUCACGGUGGCGGCUCUGGUGCCAUCCAGCAACAGCGCCACUGCCAGUACCGUGGCCACCGCCGGCACCAGCAGCAACAUCGCUGGCGGGCUGGCGGCAGCGGGGCCAAGGGAGCUGGAUGGGGACGGCGUGCCUGCCGGCGCGGCGGUGGUGCACGCGGACCCGCGCUACUGGUUGUACCAGAGCUGCGCCUGUCUGCAGUUGCCGGGGGUUGUGGCUACCGCCGCGCGCCCGCCCAGCCUGCUACUGUUGGUCGCCGGCGCGAACGCCACGGCGGCUGGGGACCUAGCGGCGGGGUCGGCGGGGUCUGGCGAGGUCGUGGCGGCGAGCUGCGCUGCGGCUGCAGCUGCUUUGUCAGCCGAUGACACGGAUGCAAGCGGCAAUGGCAGCAGUGGUGGGAGCGGCGGCCAGGUGUCGCUGUCGGUGGGUGCGCUGGUCGGCAUGGUGGUGGGAAUCGCUGUGGGCGCCGCGCUGCUCACCGCCUGCUGCGGCGUCGGCGCGCUGCUGUGCUACGCCUCGCUGCGUUCGCGGCGGCAGCGCGGCGACCGCGGCCGGACCUCCAGCGCCAAGUCACUCCGCAGCCGCGCGGCCAGAGGCGGGGCAGGCGCGCAUAGCGGCGCGCCGGUGUGGUGGAGCGCGCUGGCGGGUUGGCUGUGGGACAGCGACGGGCACGCGCCAAGCGCGGACUGGGAGGGGCUGGUGGGCGCGCCAGGCGGCAGCAUGUCCCAGUCGUCCAGGCUGCACGGGGCGGCGGCGGCGGGGCAGCAGCUGCUGCUCACAGGCGUCAGCGCCGGCGUGGGCACAGGGCUGCUGGGCGACAUGCCUGGCCCGUCACGCAAACCCAUGCCCGGCAGCCUGUUUGAGGCAAAGCGGGCGCGGCCUCCAGGCUGCCACCCGGAGCUAUUUGGCCAUGAGGUGACGCUGGUGGCGACAGACGUCGAGGGCAGCACCGAGCUCUGGGAGUGGCAGCCCGAUGUUAUGAAUGCCGCCCUGGCGCUGCACGACCGAACGGUCCGCCUCACGCUGGCGGCCUGCUGUGGGUACGAGGUUACGACGGAGGGCGACGCCUUCCUGGUCGCGUUCCACGAGCCGGUGGACGCCGUGCGCUGGGCGCUGCUGUUGCAGUCGGCGCUCCUGAAGCUGGACUGGCCGCCGCUGCUGCUGGAGCACUCGCUGUGCCGCCCGCGGCCGCUGGUGCCGGUGGCGGGCCUGGGCAAGGACGGCGCGGGGCGCGACGCGCCGCUGCUGGUCCUGUUCAAGGGCCUGGCGGUGCGCAUGGGCAUCGCGACGGGCGUGCCGUCGGCGGUGCGCGAGCACCCGGUCACGCGGCGGAUGCAGUACACGGGCGCGGUGCUGCGGCUGGCGACGGGCAUUGCGGAGCUGGGCUGUGGCGGGCAGGUGCUGCUGGAGCCCAUGACGUUCAAGGGCAUCCACAACAAGUUCGAGGAGCUGGAUGUGGAGGAGAUCGAGGUGCAGGAGCUGACGGAUCUCAUCAGCGGCCAGCCCUGGGGCGAGGAGGAGCAGGUAGGCCGCAACAGCCGCUCGCUGCAGCACCAGCACCAGCUACAGCCGCUACAGCCGCCAAUCGGGGGCCGCGAGUCGCUGGUGCUGUCGGAGCACAAUGCCGGCAGCUACAGCCCCGCGGGCGCGCCAGGGCACAACAGCACGGGCGGCGGCACCGGGCUCAGCAGCUACGGCGUCUACGGCAGCGGGCCGGCUGCAACCGGUGGGCCUGGCGGGCCCGGCAGUGCCGGUCGCGGCGCCGCGGCUGGCGGGGGCGGGGGCGGGGCUGGAGGCGGCGGCGGCCCCGGCAGCACGAUGGGCCCCAGCGCUGCCCGCAGCGCGCCUGGCAGUGCCGUGGAAGGCGACUACUUGUCCAGUGCCACCAGCUCCCCGGCACUGCACCAGCCGCACCCGCACGCGCCGCCGCAGCCGAUGCCGCAGCAGCAGCACCACCACCACCACCUGCAAAACCCGCCACACCACUACCCUGUGCACCACCAGCAUCCGCAUCCGCACCAGGCCCUGAACCAGCACCCCUACAUGUACCCGCACCCUGCGUCGCAGCACGCGCAGCACCCGCAACACCUGCAGCACGUACACGCGCAGCUGCACACACACAGCUACCCCCACUUGCAUCCGCACCAGCAGCCGCGGCCGUCACGCGACGCUGCGGCCACCGCGCCGGUAGCCGGCGCCGCGGCGGCUGCGCCCUCCGGCGGCCCGCCGGUGCACCGCGGCCGCUCGGCCAUCGCGCUUGGGCAGGACGACGUUGUGUUUCUGCCGCCGGGCGCCUGCCGCACGCAGCAAUCCAUUCCCCGGCAGCACUCGAACCGAAUGCUCACGCUCGCCGGCCGCCCCAGCGUCACGGGCGCGCGCGCGAGCACGGGCGGGCACACGGACGGCAGCGGCCUGCUGUCGCCGCCUCACGGCCCCACGCUCGCGUCCACUGCCACCGGCUCCACCACCGUGUCGCCGGGCCUGGCGCUCAUCGAGCGCAGCGCCUGGGAGGCGGUGGCGGCGGCGGUGCCGAGCACCAUGGCGGCGCCCGGCGUCGGCCGCACCAGCGGGAACCGCGUCAGCGGCGGCCGCCGCAGCAGCGGUAACCGGGCCAGCGCCGAACGCGACGCGGCGUCACGCGGUUUCGCUGGCCCCAGCAUCAGCAACGGCGGCGGCCCGCCCCUGUUCUCCGCCCCACUGCCCAGCUCAGUGGUUGACGGGCUGCAUAGCGCGCCCUCACAGACGACGGGGUCGGCCGGCAAACUGCCGCUGCUGCUACAGAGCGUGGCGGCGUCGCAGGCGCUGCACGCCCCGGCCGACGGCGCCGGCGGAGCUGGAGCCCCUAGCCGCGAGCCUACCGCACGCGCCAGCGGCUUCGUCCCGGGCGGCGGCGGCGGCGGCGGGAGCACGAGCAGUGCUGGCUUCAGCCUGGCGCUGGGCAGCAGCGUGGGCGUGUUUGCGGGGCUGGGCCCGGGCUCGUCGUUGGUGCCGCCCUCGCCCACAGCGCCCUACCUGCAGCAGGUGAUGAACCAGGUGCAGCUGCAGAACCAGACCCAGGCGCUGGUGCAGCAACAGCAGCAGCAGCAGCAGUACCAGCAGUACCAGCAGUACCAGCAACUGCUGCAGCAAUACCAGCAACCGCAGCAGCAACCGCAGCAGUACCAGCAGCAGUAUCUGCAGGAGGGGCCAGGCCCGAACCUAGAGCCCGCCCUGGGGCAGGGGCACGGGCAGGGCCGGAUGCCCACGCAGGUGCAGGUGCCGGGGCAGUCCUCCGCGCAGUGGGAAGGACAUGCGUUGGAGCCGGGAGCGUCCAGCGGGGCCGGGGUUGCCGUCAGCGCUGCCUUCCAGCGGCAAUUGCUCUCGACCCAAGAUCUUGUGUCGUCAGUUGGCCGCAGCGCCAGUGGGCUCAGCAUCGAAAUGAGUUCCAGUGCGGCACCCAGCCGCGCCGGCACCGCGUUUGGCGCAGCACUGGCGGAGCCAGGGGCGGCAGGGCCAGGGAUGGGCGGGGCCGCGCCCGCAGCCUCGCCCAGUCCAGCAGUGGUGUUGGACCAAGGCCAUGCGAUAGGGGGUGUGACCAUCGAGGGCUACGUCGCGCCUGCGCCGCCGCUGCCGCAGCCGCCUCCACCCCCGCGACCACCACCGCCAGCACCACCGCCGCCGCCGCCACCAUCAGGACGGGGCCCUGUGCUGGAGCCCGGGCAGCUUGCUUCCUCAACGGCAGCGGCGGCGUCUGCAUCAACAGCGGCCGGGCCGAUGUGUGAGGGCCGCGAGCUGGACCCUCGCCUGUCGAACAGCGACAAGGGCCAGAACGGUGACAGAGCCGUCGUGGCCGCAGUGGCGGUCGCUGGGGCAGCGGCGGCGGCGGCAGAAGCUGCACAAGCGGGCGCUGGGGCCGCCGCCGCUGGCGCGGCGCCCCACGGGGCCGCGACGCCGCCCGGCGGCGCCACCCCGCCUUCGCAGCCCAUGCUGCCUGUGCAGCCGCCGUCAAGCUCGAGCCCCGGCUUCGUGGGCAUCACACUCGCCAGCACCUCCCCUGGGCCCCACCAGCUGCUGCAGCCCGCGCUGGCGCUGCUGCCGGCUCCCAGCGCUGCCGGCAGCGACUCCACCGCCGCCGCGCGGUCGUCGCCGUUCAGUGCUGUGCAGAUGGCGGCCGAGCGGUCCUUCCGCCGCUCGCCCGCCGGCAGCGGCGGCGGCCCGCCGCAGCUGCACCGACUGGCUAGCAUGUCCAACGCCGGCGGCGGCGCCGCCGCCUUGCUUCCGCGCGGCAGCGCUACCGCCACCAGCAGUGUGGUGCCGAGCGCAGCCGCCAGCGGCCUCGCCUCUGCCUCGGCGCCGCACGGCAGCGGCAGCGGCAGCCUGGGUGAGGGCGCACCUGUGGGGCUUCCUAGCGGCGGCAAUGCCGGUGCGUCCUCCUCGCCAGCCAGCACCGCGCUGUCCUCUGCCGACCCGCCGUUUGCGGCUGCAAACCCACACUGCGCGCCUGGAGCCGGACGGGCGUCCGCUGCCGCGGCUGCUGCCGCUGCCUCUGCCGAAGGAGGCAAAAAUGGAAGCAGCCGCAUGGCGCCGCCGCAUGACCGCUCUACGGGACAGUUGAGCCUGGUGGCCUCAGGUUGGGAGGGCGCGCUCGGACCUACUGACAACAGGACGGCGCGCGCGGCCUCAAAGCUGCCGCUGGCCGCUGAUGGUGUGCGGCUCUUUGAGGGCAUGGCCGCACCGGCAACAUCAAGUUCGUCAAUGCUCGCCGCCGCACGUGUGAGCACCGGUAGCGACAACCUGUCAGGUGCGCCGCUGCCGGCCGUGUCUGCAGAGCCCAUCACGCCGCCGCACCAAGACCUACAGCAGCAGGCACAGCCGCACUCGGCUCAGGAAGGCGGCGGCAGAGCGGGCGGCGCCAAUGCCUCCACCGCCAGUGGCCCGUCAGCAUCCUCGCCACUUCGUACCAGCCUCUCCCUUGCGGUAAGCGGUCGCGAGGAUGCGACGUGGUCGCCCGGCCACAUGGGCGACACAGGUGUGCUGGGCGUGUCGUUGGCUCGGCCUGGGGCGCUGUCGCCCCUCCAUCCUGACUCCGCCACGGCAGCGGCCGGCGCCACAGAAGGCAGUGGUGAUGCGUGCUACUACCCGCACGCCGCGCUUGUGGGGGCGCUCACUGGCGGCGGCAGUGUCUGCAUCGGCGCAAGUGCAGGUGGCCCGUCGUCCGACACAGCAGCAGCCUCCUGGCAGCAGCACGGGCGGUACACGGCGCCGCAAAUACUGGAGGGCGCUGCCGCACAUAGCCUGGCUGCAGGUCCGGGGCCGGGUUCGGGGCCUGGGCCCAUGCAUGCAGCGCCUUAUGCGCUGCUGCCUCACAUGCCAGGCUACCACGCCUGCCACCCACAGGAGCAGGCAGCGGUAUACUACCAGCACUUGCACUUGCUGCAGGCCCAACUUGGGCAGCAGCAACCGCAGCAAUUGCAACCGCAUCACCAACAACACGGGUCGAUACAUGGGCCGCACGCCCCGCAUCCGCUGCCAGUUGACCCACGCGGCGGCAGCAGCACGAACGCCAGCGGCCUGGAGCUACCCGACUUGGUGUCGCCACGCCGCAUGCACCUGUACGCCUUCCUUGCGGGCACUGCGCUGCCUUCUACUGCCGCGGCCGGAGCUGACGCGGCUGGCGGUGGUGUGGCUGGCGCUGGCCCGGACAGGGGCGGAGUCUCCGGCCUAGCGGGACUUCCGGGAGUGUCGGGCCUGGCUGGGACGUUGCUCGCACGGCACGGCGGCGAUGCCGGCGGUGCGGACGGCUUCCAGUCUGCAGAGGGCGGCCGCGGAGGCGCAGGUGCCGCCAGUGUCGCGUGGCGGCGCAGCAGCGACCCAGACAACGGCGCCGCGGCCGACGCGGCUGUAACGGACGCAGCAGCCGCAAGCAGGACAGCCAUGCUCGCCACAGUGGCCGCCGCGGCCGCAGGCAGCAGCGGCGGCGGCGUCGCGGCACAGCUGCUUCGCAACAUGGGCGACCACUCCAUGCGCAACCUGAUGGACCUCAUGACUCUGGCGGCGUCAUACGGCGGCGGCAGCGGCUACCCCGGCGGUCAUGGCAGCAGUGCCGCCGCCGCCGCCGGCGGGCUAUACGACUCCAUCGGCAGUGGCGGUGGCACCGGUGGCACGGGCCAGGGACCGCGGCUGCUUGCUCUUCGCUCCGCAAUGGCCCUGCAGGCGUCUGGCAGCAACGCCAACCGGGCGGCCAAGGAGGCGUUGGAUCUAUCCAUGGGCAUGGAUACCGACUUCAUGGACCCCAUAUCGCCGCGCGUUGGGUCAGCAAGCGCUGCGCCCGUGCCGUCGCAACGCUCGGGCGGCGCCACGCAGCCGGCCCAGUCCCAGGCUGGUCGCGCCAGCACCACCAGCUCCUCCCGCUUCCGGCCAUCCCGCAAGACCUCCACCCGCUCCCAGCUUCUCGACCUGCUGCGUGCGCCCUCAUUCGGCGGCCGCCCCAGUGGCCCGCAGCAGCAGCAGCAGCCGCAGGUGGGCGCGCUGCAAGAGCCGUCGUCACAACAGAAGCAGCAGCAGCAGCACCGGGCAUCUCCGGCUGGUCACAUGGAAGCAGCUGCAGGCGGGAAUGCGGGCUGCGCGCAGCAGAUGUGGGGACCGGGCAUGGCGGCGAUCUCGCCCACCUCGCAGGCGCAGUCGCCGUCGCUGAUGCCACCCACGUCACGCACCUCGCAGGCGCAGCUGCGCCGCUUCGGGGCCGGCGCCAGCGACCCGGAGAGCCACCGCACACAGCAGCUGUCCAAGAGCCACACUGCAGUGCUGGUCAGCGGCGGCACAGACGACGGCGGCAGCGUCCGCGGCGGCACCAUGGGCGAGGCGGCUGGCCCACUGACGACGUCUGAGGCCGUUGGGCAGCUCGAUAUGGAUCCGCUCGCGUGUGUGGCGGAGGAGGGGCAGUCGGGGGCGAUUGGCAGCGGUAGCAGGGGCCACGGCGCAAGCGGCAUAGGCGGGGCUGGGGGCGGCGACGGUGGGCAGCAGGGCCUGCCCAGCGGUAUUUUCGAAGUGACGCUGCGCGGCGGCGACACCACACAAGAGAGUGGGCAGCUACUGCAGGCGGCCGCGCCAAGUGGGGCUGAGCGAGCUGGCCAGGCGGUCUUGACGCCAAUGGGCGCGGGUGCAAAGGCGGAUGCAGCCGCUGCGCCUACAGCGGCGGUGGAGGCCGUGGCCUCUAGGCCGGACCUUGGGACGGUGUAUGGUAGCAACAGCGGCAGCGGCGCAGCCGAGAGCCCGCGCACCGAUGUGCAGAAGCUCAAGGAGCGCUAUACCAAGCGCUCCUUCCUCAAGAGCCUUUCGACACGCCGCCGCAAUGCCGCAACCGCCGCCGCCGCCACCUGCGUCCCCGCCUCCGACCGCGAGCCGCGCAGCCCCUCCUCCCGCCUGCGCCUGCGCGGCGUUGCCGCCGGCCUGCUGGGCGGGAGCUCCAGCAAGGACGGCGGCGGCGGCGCCAGCGCCUCCGGCGCCGUCACCACCGGCCCCGGCAGCGCCACCGUCAGCCGGCGGCAGCUGCAGGCGCAGACCACGACGGCGUCGUCGCUGCGCAGCCCGCUGGCGGCGGCGGACCGGCACUCGGUGGUGGUGGUGGACAUGGGCACACACCAGCUCAAGAUGCCGGCGCUGGGCGCGGCGUACAACGACAUCUACGACGGCGUGCAGGUGAUUCAAAUCCUGCCAGAGCACCUCAAGUUCCGGGCCGCCUACAACCCGCCGCUCAAAUCACUGGCGCAGCUGUCACCCAGCUUCUUCGACGCGCCUGGCGCGCGGCAGGCGCUGACGCCGCUGGCGCCCGGCCAGCCGCCCUCCUUCCCGCGCUGCUCGCUGCUGUUCAUCCAGCCGGCCGGCUACAGCGCAGUCGCCAACAGCCGGCCCGAGGUGGCGGAGCGCAGCGGGGCGGUGUUCAGCGGCGCGGUGCGGGAGGUGCUGUCCAUCUUUGGCGCCUACGAGUGCCAGGAGUACGAGAACACCUUCAUGGUAGCCUGCCACGGCCCCCGUGUGGCGGCCGAGCUGGCGCUGGCACUGCACUGCUGGCUGCUGGAUGCGGACUGGCCCACGGAGCUGCUGGUGGACCACGCCGAGGGGCGGGUGCAGCUGGCGGAGGACGGACAGCCCCUGCUCAGGGGCUUCCGGGCCAAGGUGGGCAUCUUCACGGGUGUGCCGUUGAGUGUGGUGCCGCACGCCACAACCGGCCGUGCCGACUACUUUGGAGCGCUGGUCAACCGCGCGGCGCGCCUCAUGGCGGGCGCCAAGGGCGGCCAGACGCUGCUGGACAAGUCCGCUGGCCUGGAGGUGCUCAAGGAGUGGCGCCACAUGGCCGCAGCCCACCUGCAGCAGCAGCAGCAACACCAGCUGCGCCUGCAGCAGCAGCAGCAGCAGCAGCUGGCGGCGGCGAUGCAGACGCACAUGCACAGCCAGGCACACAGCCAGGUCCUGAUGCUGCCAAUGUUGGGGCACAGCACCACAGGGCCGCUGUCGCCGCCGCCGCUGCAGCUGCACGCAUCGCCCACGCCGGGGUCGCCCUGGUCGGCCAUCAUGGUGGCCGCUGGGCGCAGCUCAGUCGGCAUGGACGAAGGCGCGCCCUCUCCGCUGGUGUUUGGCGGGCAAGCCGGAGCCGCGGCGUCACAGCCUGGCCUGCCGCCCCUGCCGCCGGCAGCCAUGCUCUCCAUGCCCAGCCUGGCGCACCCCUACCACCCGCCGUUGCAGCCGCGGCAUUCGGACCCGCAGCCGCACCCGCAGCAGCCGGGCGCCGCCGCCACCGCCGCCGCCGCCACUGCUGCGGUUCACGCAGCCGCCACCGCCGGGCGGCCGCACCUCACCCGCUUCGGCAGCUCGCAGAGCCGCGCGCCCAGCUCCGCUGCCUCCGAGGCAGCCGUGGCACCGGCUGUGAUGCCGCAGCUGCACUCACAGCCGUCGUCGUUCCGAGCCGGAUCCGGCCGCAGCUCGGCGCCGGCGCUGUCAUCGCCGCCGCCCUCGUCUGGGGUGCCGCCCGGCACUCGGAUACCCCCGCCGCGGGUGGAGCCACAGACCGGUCAGCGGAACAUCAUGGACGUCACGCAGGACUCAGCCUCAACAACUGCGAUCGCGGCCGCUGACGUGGCGGCGGCAGAGGCGGCGGCAGCACCGGCGGCCGGUGCUGUGGGGGCUGCGCCUGGCGUGCUUGGCCUGAGUGUGGCCGGUGCCCCGCAAGCCGUGCCGCCGUCUCCGCCCUGGCAGCCAGCCUCGCAGCCUAUUGCUGUAGCGAUUGCAAGCCCCCAGGUCGUGCUGAGCGGCGGCCACAGCGGCGGCGGCGACCUGACGCCGCACCUCGCAGCGGCAGCGGCAGUGUUGAGCUUUGGCGACGGCGAUGCUGAUGCCCACGGCAAUCAGUUGAAUAGCCGGCAGGUGCUGCAGCCGCCACUGCCUACGGCGCCUGCGCCCGCGCUGCCCUGCGUGCCACACGCAGCCGGCGAUGAGCUGUCGGAGCGCACCUCGCCCGCAGCUAGCUCCCACGUGCAUGUGGACCAGCAGGCCGCGCCGGCGCCGGCGGCAGCACACCCGCAACAGCGGCACAGCCACAGCGACCGCGUACUCCUCCACCACCGGACUCUGGGGCAAGGCGACAUGUGGCAGGCCGCGCCCUCACCCGGGUUCUCCCCAGCGCCCUCGCCGGGGCCCUCGCCAGGGGCCUUCUUCCCGCCGUCCCUGCUGCCAACAAUGGCAAGCGGCCUGCUGCCGUACAAUCUGCCGAGUCUGGGGCCGCUGCCGUCAGCUGCUGGUGUCGCUCAUGGCCUCAUGUCAGGAGGCAUUACAGGCGUAGGGAGUGCAGGCGUGGGCGGUGCUGCUGGCGGGGGCUCGGCCGGCUCCGGCGCGCCGUCGGCGGCCCCGCAGCUGGAGUCGAUGGGUGUCGGCGCCGCCGCGCACGACCGGUUGCCCGACUGGUGGGCUGCGCUGCAGGCGUCGCGCAACCCGCAGCUGCAGGGGCGCGUACACACGGCGGACUUGGUCGUGCAGGUCUGCGACCUGGGUCUCUUCAAGCUCAAGGGCCUGGCGGAGGGCCAGCCGGUCAUUGCCGUGCAGCUGAAGCGACUACUGGCAGGCGGCACCGAGCCCUCCGUCGCCGCCGCCGCCACUGCUGCUCGGAGUGCGGGCGGCAGCGGUCCAGGCACGGCUCCGGGCGCGGAGCAGCACGGCGAUGGGGGCGCGGGAGGUGCCGGCGCAGGCACGGGAGGAGCCGGCGGGGGCGCGGGAAGUGCUGGUGGGGGCGCGGGGGGCGGCUCCAAGGCUGAGCAGCUGCGCGGCACGGCGCUGGGCCUGAUGGGUGAGGUGGUGGUCACGCUGCCGACGCGGGCGCACGCGCACGGGCGCACGACGGCCCUGGGCCUGCAGCUCUAGCGGGUGCAGGGCGUGGGGCGUGUCUGCUGAAAGGCACAAGCUUGCUUGAGAUUGGCAGUGGGCGGGAAUGGGGCAAGAGUGGUUACUGGUGUCGGGGGUGUGGCCAGGGCCACUAGGAGGUGUCGCUGAGCCGAUCGAUGUGGGGCCAAUCGACAUGGCUCGGCUAGGCGCGAGCAGCAGUAGAGACUGCAUGAACCGUGCGAGCUGGGUUGAAGCGCGCGUGCAGGAGCAUUGCCACUAAACGAUGCGGCAGGUCAUGAGUAGCCGACAUACUGGGCGCACGCAUGACCGAGCUUGCAUUGCUGAACCCAAGGCAGGUGCUGCCGGAUUUGCAUCGGGAGCACACAACGUCGGACGCGGAUGCUCAUUUUAUUCAAGGAGGGGGAAUGCCCAAACAUGCAUGCGUUUUUUGUGUGUGUGACGCAUAUGCGCAAAUCCAUAUGUGUCCUCGUGCGCCGUGCUCCAUUGCUGGACACUCACGUGAUGCUCGUUGCUGAUGUUAUGGAGGGGAUGUUUGUGUAUUGACAUCUGCAUUAAGGGCACCUAGGGAACCGCUACUUUAUAGGCGUGUCCUUUGCCUGAUGCGGAACACGCUACCAUGCAAUCAAAGGAACAGCUGAGGGGGUGGAGAUGUCUGGGUCGUGGCGUCUUCAUCAUCUGGCGUUGCUAGCUUUCGAAGAGAUUUAUUGGCGUUGGUGUUAUGCGUACCGGCGCCAAGCCAAUGGUAUGUCGGCACGGCCGGUGGGCGUGGCAUGGACUUUGAAGCGUAUCCCCAUGCAAGGAGACCAAGCACGGAGGGGGAGGAAGAGCACGUGACCGGAGCAUCAGCAAGGUAGCAAUAGGUUCUUGGAAUCGCACACGCUCGGUGCACAGCUGUGCUGAUGGCAUGUAAGCACACACCGCGUGGCUUCACUCUUGUUUGGUGGUGUCAUGGUCGCCUGCAUGCAUGUAGCGUGGUAAGCGGGUUCGCGUGCAAUGUGGCCAUGGCCGGUGGACCCGUGCACGUGCAGUUCGCUCGUAAGAGGUGUUCUGUGGCGUGGGCGCAGCCCAGUUGUCCCUUGCCCUUGGUAGGGAACACCACUUGCCUGUCUUAAGGGUAGACACGAGAGGGCCAGGAGAGCUGGGACUGGAGGGACCUCCGGGCGCCUACUAAUUUCCCUCGAGCCC